GACAAGACAGCGACACCCUCGACAUCAAGCAGGCAUCGACCAGCUGCAUGCUCAAGGCGGCUAUCACACGGGCAGCAUCGCCGGCACCACUGCAUCAAUGCCGCAGGACGCUCUUUGGGUUCGGGAAGAAGAAGCAGACGCGGGAUGCACAGGCCACAGCGACACCGCUGCUGACAAAGGAUAAUUUAUUCCAUCCACUCAGCAGCUCACCGGUCCCUGCUCUCAGACAGCGUGCAGCCUUCAUCAAGAGGCAUGCAAAGUCACCCACAGGCAAGUCAAUAGCGUUUGAGUGUCCCGAGUCUGGGUGGCCGACACAUCAUGACGCAGAGGAGUAUCGUGCAGAUUAUGAAAAGCACAAGCCAUACAUACAUAUCCUCAGGCAAACCAAUGAAGAUGAGCAUGAUCUCAGAAGUGGUAGGGCUUUGGACGAGUUCAACUUUCCUGGGCGGCAAGACGUCGAAGAGGCCAUCAACAUGUCAAAUUGGGAUGGCUUUCUCUACACCCGCCAAUUCAAUGCAGUCAAUGCAGAGCGGAGUAUCAGGCACGUCUCGAAGCUGCUAACCUAUCCGUUGACCAUUGCUUCUGUCCUCCAUCAAGGCUCGCCGUACCGCAAACGACUCACGCGGGAAGGCCUUCGCAGUCUGUCUGCACUCAGAGCGACACUCCAUCCAGCCGUCUCGGCAGGUGCAACAUCUGAGAAUUUGCUUGCUGAAGGCAGACCUUUCCGCAUCUUUAUUCUCGGAGCGCGUGCCGAGUCUUCUUUGCCAGGGGAUGUGUGGAUGCAAGGACUUCCCUACAUCUUUCCAGACGUUUCCUUUCACGUCCACUUUAUUGGGCCUGAAGCCAUCUUGCCAGAGACGAAUCAACGUGGCAACCGUCGACAAAUUGUCAAGACGGUUGAUGGUGGUAUGACAGAGUACUACCAUCCGCGUCUGACAUUCUCAACACACAAGGAGUUGUACCACACGCUUCAUGCAUCUCAAACGUUUGCGCCAUUCGACCCUUACCUCGACGUCUUCUUCUUGCCUUGUCCAGGAUUAGGACAUCCAGUAACACAAGGACAAUGGGCAGACACGAUGCCUGCACUGCUUGAAACGAAAUGUGGCAUUUUCAUCACAGGCUACAAUGAGGAAGACAUGGCACGCGAUAUCGCAUUCAUUGCAGCAACCUGUCGCAACGAGCACGAUUUAUUGCUACGACCUGGUAUCAAUCACUUUGCCUCUCGUAAAUGGGAUGUCAGCGAUUUUGAUCCACGCGAUGUGAUUCAGAAUAAUUGGGGUGUCUUUGGCGUGCGUGGUAAGCUCUAUGAAGCGACUGUGUAUGGUAGUGAGGAACUGCACUAGGCGUUCUUGUGUAUUCGGCAUAUAGCGUGCAUCAUUGAGAUAAAAUUGGCAUAGUCAUUCCCCCUUCUUUCCGAUCA